GAAGCCGCGCUCGGGUCCGCGGACUGCGGGGUCCGCUCCGCCGGGGGCCGUGGCGGCGGCGCGGGUGGUCCGGCGGGCGGGGGCGGCGCCCGGGCCGGGCCGGGGCAGGGUCCCGGCGCGGCCCGGUGCCGGGUCCGAGGGGCGGGCGUGGCAGGGGCGGCGCUGGCAGUGGCGGUGGCGGCGGCGGCGGCGGCGGCGGCGGAGGCGGCGGGGCGAUGGGUCGGAGGUGAUGGGAUCCGCCCCCGCGGCGACGCCGAGCGCGGAGGACGCCGAGGAUGACAUUCAGUUCGUGAGUGAAGGACCAUUAAGAUCUGAUCUUGCAUACAUUGAUUUUGGUUUGUGGUGAUGAUGAAGAACCUGAGCACCUAUAAAAAUAAUCACGCAAUAGGAUUUCAAAACAAAAACGGAGAGAUCAUAAAUACACGAUACAGUGCAACAAGACUCACAGGACACAAUAAAAAAGAAACGAAAAUGAAGUUCUUUAAGAACAUCAUGCAAGAGGAUGCCAAAGUCUGUGUCACUGAUGAAAUAUCAACGGUGUCGAAGAAAAACACCCUAGUCCUGUAUGUUCAAUUUAUAGUUCGUUCUGCUCCUGUUAGUGUAUUUGUUUUGAUAUAAAAUGAUUUGGUGCCAACUACAAUAGAAUAAAUUUAAAUACUGAGUACUUUAAAUGAUUGUGACUUCACGAAGGGAUAUUUGAAAUAAAAUUUUAUUGCAUUAUAUCGGUUUUGGGGAAGAAAGUCUGGAAUAGCUUUAUAGUUGUUAGAAACUUUUCCUGAAGUUAUUCUUUGGAAUUAUUUAAGCUACUGAUUGCACUUGUCACUUGAUUCAGUAUCUGAAAUAAAAUGACUUAAUCGUUUUAAAAGUAUCUUCGAUAAGACUCAUUGCAUUUGUCAUCAGUGUGAUAAGAAUCAAAACAAACUUUCAGAAACGAUAGCUGAGGAUCUUGAAAUUGAAAUCAUUAAAAUUGGGACACAGAGUGGUAGUACAGCCGUCAAGAUCACCAAACAUUCAGAAAGCACAGAAAUUGAUCAGAAUGAUUAA